UUAUUUAUAUCAUGGCGUAAUUUGAAAUUGCGACAGAUAUGUUAGUAUAGAUGGACACUGCUAGUUUGACCAGACUCCACCAGAACUUCUGCAAAGAUAGCUAAGUUACUGGCUUUAGCCAAUGUCGUUGUGGCUCGCUCGGUAUUUUUGUAAAUACGUAAGUGUAAUAGCCAGCGACGGCCUUUUAACGGUUAGAGUUGACGUUAUAUCACUGUAAAUUAAGCUCCAUUGUAAAACAGUAUAAUCCUACAUAACUAGCAGCCUAGCUACUGUUUACUGUUUGGAAUUGGUUCAUGUAAGUUCACUUGCAAUAGUUAAUAGCAACAUUGCGAUGUUUUUUUUUUGCCUUCUCGUCUAUUUUGCGGUUCCGUUAGUCCGCCAACGGUGGGACCCAUUCUAAGGCCGUGCUGGUAUCAGAGCGGGGGGAGAUACUUGCAGAAACAGAUGGUCCUUCUACUAAUCAUUGGUUGGUGGGUGUGGAUAAGUGUAUAGAGGCCAUCAAUGACAUGGUGCAGAGAGCCAAACUCCAGGCUGGCCUGGACCCAGACAUGCCUCUCUGCUCCCUGGGCAUGUCCCUGAGUGGAGGUGAGCAGCGUGAUGCUAUCCAGAAGCUCAUUGAUGAGAUGAAGGAGAGGUUUCCCAAGCUCAGCCAUGGUUACUGCAUCACCACAGAUGCCAUCGGCGCCAUGGCAACAGCCAGCCAGCACGGGGGCGUGGUGCUCAUCUCAGGAACUGGCUCCAACUGUAAGCUGGUGAACCCAGAUGGCUCUCAGGUGGGAUGCGGAGGCUGGGGGCAUCUCAUGGGCGACGAGGGGUCAGCGUACUGGAUUUCACACCUGGCUGUGAAGACCGUGUUCGAUGCUCUGGACAAUCUGGCCACCCCCCCUCAUGACAUCACUCACGUCAAGAAGGCCAUGGAGGAGUACUUCCAGGUGUCAGGGCGAAUGGACCUGCUCCCACACCUCUACAGGAACUUCCAGAAGUCACACUUCGCCGGGUUCUGCAGGAAGGUGGCCGAAGGGGCUGCAGCUGGAGAUGCUCUGUGCCAGCAUAUGUUCAGUAAAGCCGGGGCGGUGCUGGCUCAACACGUACUGGCCGUCCUGCCCAAAGCUCACCAGGAUCUGUUUUUGGGAGAGCGGGGGCUACCGAUCCUCUGUGUGGGAUCCGUUUGGAGGAGCUGGGACCUGCUGAAGCCGGGCUUCACGGACGUCCUGGCACAGGCAGCCGGCGGCCAGUUCCCGGGGUACAGCCUCCUGACUCUGCGGCAGUCUUCCGCACUUGGGGGGGCCAGCCUCGGCGCCAAGAGUCGGGGGGCCACGCUCUCCCUGGACUACGCCGCCAACGCACACGUCUUCUACAAGUGCUCCUUCACCGGCCAGUGACCAUGCAGGUCCCAACCAAGGGGGGCGGGCCUUGUGGAAUGAGUGCUGGGGAUCAGAAUACCAUCUCACUGCAGAUCCGCAUGCUGGUGCCCAUUUCACCACGGAGGUGGUAUUUCCAACUGCACUACAGAGGGGCAAUUAAUAUUAUUAUUUUCAAAUCGACUGAAAUUUACGUUUACAGUUGAUUUGGAAUCACGGUCUGGAGUCCGUUAUCUUCAGUGUCGAAACUUUGAGGGAUAUAAAAAGUAAAGAGAAAAAAUGCAAAUGGUUUUUUUUUACUGUUCAUCGCAAGCACAAGUUACUUUUACAUCUGUGUGAAGUUUACAUCGCAUCAUGUUGAAAAUAAUCAAAUAACUAUGAAAUGAUGUACUAUCUGCAUUGUUUAAUGGUCCUGCCAUGUUGAUGAUAAUAAAGACCUGCAGAACCA